AUGCUUCAGCUUGAACGUCCAACAGCAACCCUCUCGUCGCUUCCGUCCGAACUCCUCCUUAAGAUACUCACCUACUCGCUCACCGCCGCGCUCCUUUCGCCUACACUCCUGGUCAACGGACAGUUCACGACUCUCCACAUCUUUUGUCGGACCUGCGCGUUCCGCAAUGUCGCCGGCGUGUGCAAGACUUGGCGCGCUAUCGCCAGGGAAGUCGCCGGUCGCGAGGUGGUCCUGGGAAGCGGUUGCGGAGGCUCCGACCGAGACGCACAGGCUGCCAAGUGCCUCGAGGCAGACGCAGAUCGAGCAGCGGCGGUCAGGACUGCCGACGCUAGUCUUCGAAGCGCUACUUUCGCAGGGCCAACGAUUGGUACCGGCUUCGGGUUCUCGCCCUCGUCAUCUGGCCAGUCCUUAGGUUUGGAGUUCGAGCCGGAGGACGUCGCGGGUCUUUCGGCGCGACAAGCCCGCCUCGAGGUGUGGCACAAGGAAUGCGUCUCGCGGAGUCGACAGCGACUCGUGCAGCUCCUCGCCCUCUGCCGGAAUUUGAGGAACCUCGACGUUGACCUCGGCUUCUUCGUCGACUUGCGCAACUCACCCUCGCUCGUCCCGCCUUCUCUGCGUUCCUUAACCCUGCGCAACGCGGACGCACCCCACAUUGUCUCGCUUCUUCAGCGACUGCCUUACCUCGAAGACUUGACUUUGCGGCUUGCACUAGACUGCUUCCCUACCGCCGGCCUCGACGUUCCAUGCGACACCCUUCCCAGCCUCCGCCGGUUCGAGCUCUCCACAACAGCUUUCGGCACGACCUCCCUCUCCUUCGUCCUCUCCCUUCUCUCGAACUCGCACGAGUCGCUCAAGUCCCUCACCCUACGCAACAAAGGCGCGACAAAGCCGACGCUCGAAGCGUUCCUGCCGGUCGCGAGGGGUCUAAUCGAGCGUUUUGCGGACAGGCUGGAGGACUUGGUUGUCAAGGAUAUCCCGAGAGGCGGUAGACGUGCGCCAGGCGAGAGCCCGCUCGACUGGUUCCCUUCGCGCGCAACCUCGUUUCCUCGUCUUCGCUUCAUCCAUCUGACCGGCCUCUCCUGCCCCUCUCCGUCCUUCUUCACCCAGCGCCUCAUGGUCCCUUCUCCUGCCAAUGACGCCUCGCCAAAGUCAUCCGGCCUCCGCUCCUUGACUAUCGAAGAUUUUGACUCGCCCACCGCUUUGCCGCUCGUCGAGGCGCUCAAGACAGUUCCUGCCUUGUCGCGUCUUGUAGAAAUCCGAGUAGCGUUCGCGAUGGAGAACAUGGCGGCGGGCAAGGACGCGGAGGCGUGGAAGGAGGGGAAGGAGGCGAUUGAGGCGUGGUGUGAGGGGGACAAGCGUGAGGACGGGCGGAAGACGACGUUAGUCGCGGGCUGGCACAUUGCGCGAGUAGAGCAAGCAGGGAUGUGGUAG